GCGAACUCGAUGUCGGGGAGGCGGUCAACCCAAUCCUUCUGAUCCGGACAGAUGAGCGCACGAAGCAUCAUUUGAGCAGUAUGAUGUGCUCUCUCCGUUUGCCCGUCCGUUUGUGGGUGCCGAGCCGAACUUGGUUUCAUUUCGGUGUUGGACUCCGUCAUGAGAGAAGUCCAAAAUGCCGACAUGAGCCGAGUGUCGCGGUCGCUACCGAUAUCUUCCAGUACGUCGUGGCUGCAAAUCCAGCCGGUGUGCAAGAGGCGCACAAGUUCAGGAGCCGUGGUGUAGUAUUUGCAAGGGAGAAGUCGCGCGUAUUUACUCAAUCGGUCAACGACUGUGAGGAUGCCAUCGUGCUCAAGGCGGUCGAGGGGAAAUGUGUCGGUGACGUCCAUAGCAAUGGAGAGGCCGGGAACCCGCGGGAUAGGCAACGGGCGCAAAUCGCCGUAGGGACUGCGGUUACGGGGCUUGCUUCGUCGGCAAACUUCGUAAGAGUUGCAAUACCGGGUGACAUCGGUGAUGACUUCGGGCCACCGGAAUCGUUGCUGAAGUCGUGCGAUAGUCCGAUUGACUCUGAAAUGACCAGCGAGUCGUGGGUCGUGGUACUCGCCGAGAAGGCAAGUCCGAAGACGACGGUCUCGUGGGACGCAGAGAUUCUGCCUGUCRCUAAGCACAAGWACAUYGGCGCCCUGUUCCUGAACUCAAAGGGCGGAUGCCAGACCUGGUUGACCCACCUGGCAACCUCCCACGGCGUCGACGUACCGGACCUCAAGGACAAGAUCACAUGGGAAGAAUUGACACGGCUGUGGAAGAAGCGGUUCAUCGUUGACGACGCGCCAGCACUUGCCAUCAACCGACUGUUCGCCAUGUCACAGGGCAACACAGCAACACGGGACUGGCUCACGGAGUGGCAGAAGAUUGCGGCUGUGCCCAAUCUGAACUUACCAUUCGAGCAUCUACGCCGUGAGUUCUACAACAGGUCCUGUGCUGCAUUGAGCCAGGCUCUUGGUGAUCGCGAGCAGUACUCAACCUUUGCUGAAAUUAUUGACAAAGCAAGGGAGAUCAUCAAGACCAACAGGUCAGCUGCAUACGAGAAAUCAACAUCAUGGCAGCCGACCUAUGUGGAGAAGGUACGAACUGGUCCGCGACAGCAGCACUUCGCUGCAGUUCAACAGGACAGUGGAGAUAACCCAGCAGCCACUCCAGCAUUAAGUGACGGAGAUCAGGUGGCUGCUGUCCAGCCGCGAAGCACCAACAAGUCCCGCAACAAUGGGAAGGCGAAAUCCGCAUUGCAGGUCAGAAAUGGACAGCCAGGACAGUUUCCAUGGGUCAAGUUUGGCUUGACCGAGGCGGAGUACAAGCUCGGGAAACUGAGCUCCGCGGAAGGUGAGGCGACUCCACCUUCUACUCCGCCAGAUUCGGCCGCCUUGCUAGCGGCCUCCUGCACAUCUGGGGAGGAUGCGAAUGUCGCAAGUCCUCGAUAUACUUACGAGGAUUAUGCUGUCCACUUGGUCCCACCGCUGGACCAACCGCUCCACCUGCAACAAUCUACCGCAUGCACGGUUUCAUCACCAUCGGCAACCGAUUCGGCAGCUUCGCCGCUAUCUAUCGUCGGGGAUUCAUCGUCAUGGUCAAGACUUGAGAUGCUCGACCCACUGACGUUCACGGACUUCCAGUGGAUGCCCGUUCCCCAGACCGGACGAUUGCCGAAACCGCAUUGCAAUGUGCUCAUGGCACAACUGCGAGAUUACUUGCACACUGCAGUACCAACUCCGUUGAUGGAUGUCGGAGUAGAGGUUGUCGACCUUCACGCUUACAUUGCGAAGAUCGACCGCGAGUUCAAGACGCAACGGUACGACGACAUCGACGCACCAUUGCUAUACGUACGCAUUCAGAUCGGAGAGGCGACCUGCAGUGCCUUGAUCGAUUGCGGAGCAUCUCGCAACUACAUCAGCCAGGACUUCAUGGUACGCGUCGGCCUUGGCCCACGUGUCYGGAGGAAGUCCCAGCCUACGCAAGUCACUCUGGCAGACRGUCAUACGCACAAGUCCAUCGACCGCUGCAUUGACGCCGUCCCAGUGUACUUUGCCCCUCACGCAAGUGAGGCGGUGUCCUUUGACAUUCUGGACACCAAAUUCGACAUGAUCUUGGGCAUGUCAUGGCUGCGAAGCAAGGAUCACCCGGUGAACUUCUUCAACCGCACCGUUCACGUUCAUGAUCGGAACGGAGUAUUAACGAUCAGGAACGCCAGCCCUCUCCCACGCAUCGAUGACCUUCUCGAGCGAUUGGGCGGCGCCCAGUUCUUCUCGAAGCUGGAUCUCAAGUCAGGGUACCACCAACUCGAGAUUCGCAAGGAGGACCGUUACAAGACCGCAUUCAAGACACGAUAUGGGCAUUUCGAAUGGUUGGUUAUGCCAUUUGGCCUUACGAAUGCCCCGACCACUUUCCAAGCUGCUACGACAACGGAGUUCCGAUACAUGCUGGAUCGAUACGUACUUAUCUAUCUCGACGACAUCCUGAUAUACAGCCGGAGUUUGGAGGAGCAUGUGAAACACCUGCGCACCGUUUUGGAGCGGCUACGACAGGCCAAGUACAAAGCCAACCGCGACAAGUGUGAAUUCGCGCGGCAGGAGCUGGAGUACUUGGGCCAUUAUGUGACGCCGCAAGGCAUCCGUCCGCUUGCGGACAAGAUCGAGGCCCUACGAGUAUGGCCCGAGCCCACCAACACCACGGACGUUUGUUCAUUCAUGGGAUUGGCAGGCUACUAUCAGCGAUUCAUCACCGGAUACUCUAGGAUUGCUGCACCUAUGACAAGGUUACAGUCGCCAAAGGUGCCAUUCGUAUUCGAUGACGACGCACGCCGGUCAUUCCAAGCACUUAAGACGCCCAUGCUCAUGGCACCCGUCCUCAGCAUCUAUGACCCCACCUUGCCGACGAGAGUGACUACGGACGCUUCCGGCUAUGGCAUUGGGGCAGUCUUGGAACAGCACGACGGCGACGACUGGCACCCUGUGGAGUAUUUCAGCCACAAAGUGCCUCCCAUCAACUCGCUGGAUGAUGCAAGAAAGAAGGAGUUACUCGCGUUCGUCAUGGCUCUCAAGCGAUGGCGACACUUCCUCCUUGGGCGUCGUAGGUUCACAUGGGUUACGGACAACAAUCCAUUGACCUACUACAAGACGCAGGAUACGCUAUCUUCGGAUCACCCGCCGGCCAGCCAUUACCGCAUUGCCGACGGGUACUUGCUCCUCCACUCGAGAGGCAAGGACUUACUAUGUGUCCCACGCGACCGUCGCCUUCGGACUCGCCGCCUCGGCGAGUAUCAUGAUUCACGACUCGUCGGCCAUUUCAGGGUCAACCGCACUAUUGCACGGCUUCGACAGCGAUUCCGAUGGCCCGACCUCAUUACCGAUGUCACUCGGUAUUGCGACUCUUGCGAAGUUUGCCGACGCAGCAAGCCCCGCAACCGCGAUCCCUACGGUGAGUUACACCCGAUGCCUAUCCCACGGGAACCAGGUCUCUCCAUUGCCAUGGACGUCACCGGUCCGUUUCCUCGCGACCGGCUCGGGCACGACGGCAUCCUCACGGUUGUGGACCGAUUGAGCCCCAGCUUCGCUGACCUUCUCCUCCCUCGACCAGCCGACAUUGACGCCGCUUGCUCCCCCGCUUCCGCUCGGAAGUACAGGGACUUGCUGACUCAAGCCCGCACAAAUAUGCAAAAGGCUCAAGUUCGCAGGCAGCAGCAAGCCAACGGGCGUCGCGUACCAUGUUCCAUCCGCGCCGGUGAUCUGGUUUGGGUCUCCGCGGAAGAGUUUGCACUGGAACAGGAYGUUUCACGCAAACUGCUUCCCAAGUGGUUUGGACCUUGGUCUGUGACAGCAGCCGCGGGCGAUGAGCCCGAUGGCCCUUCAUUUGUGAUCAACAUUCCAGAGCAUCUGACGGUCCAUCCGGUCUUCCACGCCUCAAAGCUGGCAACAUACACGCCAGCCAAGAGCGACGACUUUCCGGGCCGACGAUCGCCCUCCUUCUAUGGACGGCCAUCAGGAAGUUGACCGCGUCAUCACCAAUCGCAAGUACGGCAGCAAGCUGCGGCAGUACAAAGUCACAUUCAAAGCAUGCGAUCGCGACGACACUCGGUGGAUUUCAGGAGCAGAUUUGAAAG